AUGGCUGGUGUCUUCAACCCAUCCCGCCUCGCCGGCAAGACCGUCCUCAUCACUGGCGCUUCCGGCGGCAUCGGCGCAGCAACCGCCAUCCUCUUUGCCCGCGCCGGCUCCAACCUCAUCCUCACCGCUCGCCGCCAAGCUCAACUCGACGAGGUCGCCGCAGCCGCAACCCAGGCUCACCGCGAGGGCGGCACGGGCAAGGGCGGCAAGUUUGUCACCCUCACCCUCGACAUGCAGGACCGCACCGCCAUCAAAGGCCUCCUCGACAGGAUCCCCGACGACCUUAAAAAGGUCGACGUCCUCGUCAACAACGCUGGCCUCGUCUACGGCAAGGAGGUCGUCGGCGAGAUCAACGAGGACGAGGUCGACACCAUGUUCAACACCAACGUUCUCGGCCUCAUCACGCUCACGCAGCUCUUCGUGCGCGAGUUCAAGGCGCGCAACAGCGGCCACGUCAUCAACCUCGGCUCGAUCGCUGGCAAGGAGCCGUACGCCGGUGGCUCGAUCUACACGGCGACCAAGCACGCCGUCGACGCGUUCAACGGCUCGCUCCUGCGCGAGCUCGUCGGGUGGAACAUCCGCGUGUCCCAGAUCUGCCCGGGCAUGGUCGAGACCGAGUUCUCGGUCACGCGCUUCCGAGGCGACCGCGACGCGGCGACGGCCGUGUACGACGGCCUGCAGCCCCUCGUCGCGGCGGACAUUGCCGAGGAGAUUGUUUGGGCCGCGAGCAGGCCCGAGCACGUCAACGUCGCCGACGUGCUCGUGUUCCCGACCGCACAGGCGAGCGCGACGAUCAACCACCGAGGGCCGCUGGGCCAGCAGAAGUAA